AUGGCGAAAGGGAGAAGAUCUCGCAGCCUCUUCAGCUUAAUAUCUCUCCACAUCCUCCUGAUUUUCAGCGCGUCGUGGCCUGGAGCCGAGGGUCUCACAUUCCCCCAGCAGUACACGAUAAUGCACUGGGCCCGGCGGAUCGAGCAGGAGAUUGACAGAGUCUUUCAGCACAUCACUGGAGCUCAGCAGCUGAAAGGGAUUUACAACGAGGAGAGACGGCGGUUUAGUCUGGUGAAGAAUCAGCCUCGCAGGAUUGUGGAGAAGGUGGCCUUAGACAUCGAAAAACUCCUUGCAAAGAAGCGCAAAGCCCUCGAUAGGUUAGCCAGUGAAGCAGAAAGGCUCCAGAGAGAACAUCUAUGGCAGGAUGGAAUCAAGGAGUUGGACAUGGCCUACUAUGACUCCAAGGCAGAGCUGGAUUAUAAUUCCAUCGAUGGAGAAGUCGAGAUGGAAAACCCCUCCCAGCUCAAGCUGGAGUUUGUGUAUGACCCAAACUUCAAAAAUAGUGUCAACUUUUCCCACACAGCUGUUCAGAUUCCAACAGAUAUCUAUAAAGGAGCCACAGUCAUUCUGAACGAGCUGAACUGGACUCAGGCCCUGGAGAGAGUGUUCAUGGAGAACAGUCGGGAGGAUCCGUCCCUGCUGUGGCAGGCGUUUGGGAGUGCGACAGGAGUCACUCGUUACUAUCCAGCCACACCUUGGAAAGCACCUGACAAAAUUGACCUGUAUGAUGUCAGGAGGAGACCCUGGUACAUCCAGGGUGCAUCGUCCCCCAAAGACAUGGUCAUCCUGGUUGAUGUGAGCGGCAGCGUCAGUGGACUCACCCUUAAACUGAUCAAAGCGUCUGUGAUGGAAAUGCUGGACACAUUAUCUGAUGAUGACUACAUCAAUGUAGCCAGGUUUAAUGAAAAAGCCGAGGCUGUGGUUCCUUGCUUCAAACAUCUUGUUCAGGCUAAUGUGCGAAACAAAAAGAUUUUUAAGGAGGCUGUGCAGCAGAUGCAGGCUAAAGGCACCACGGACUACAAGUCUGGGUUUCAUUUUGCUUUUAACCAGCUGUUAAAUAAGACAAAUGUCCCGCGGGCUAACUGCAAUAAAAUAAUCAUGCUGUUUACUGAUGGAGGAGAGGACAGAGCGCAGGAUGUCUUCAUGCAAUACAACUGGCCAAAUAAGACAGUCAGUUUUAUGAUUUGUGUCAUUAUUCAACACCAAAACAGGAUGUGUUGCAAUAUCUAAGUUAUAUUUAUCUUCGCUUUUACCAAGGUUCGAGUAUUUACCUUUUCUGUGGGUCAACAUAACUAUGAUGUCACACCUUUACAGUGGAUUGCCUGCACAAAUAAAGGUUACUAUUUUGAGAUCCGUUCCAUCUGUGCUAUAAGGAUUAACACCCAGGAGUACCUGGACGUGCUGGGACGCCCCAUGGUUCUGGCAGGCACUGAGGCCAAACAGGUUCAGUGGACUAACGUGUAUCAAGAUGCUUUGGGUCUCGGUCUGGUCGUGACUGGAACUCUUCCUGUUUUCAAUCUCACCAUGAACGGAAAUUCACAGAAUCAGCUGAUUUUAGGCGUCAUGGGAGUGGACGUGCACCUCGAUGAGAUAAAACGACUGACGCCACGUUAUAAUCUCGGGGCAAAUGGCUAUAUAUUUGCAAUUGAUCCAAAUGGAUAUCUGCUCCUUCAUCCCAACCUUCAGCCAAAGCUUGUCAACCUUCCUGAACCGGUGACGCUGGACUUUCUGGAUGCGGAGGUAGAAGAUGAGAACAAAGAGGAGAUUCGACGACAAAUGAUUGAUGGAAGACCAGGUGAAACACAGAUCAAAACUCUUAUCAAGUCUAUUGAUGAGCAAUACAUUGAUGACGUAUACAGAGGCUACACCUGGACUCCUAUCAACGGGACGGACUACAGCCUCGGUCUGGUGUUGCCGCCCUACAACGAGUACUACAUCCAGGCAGACCUGAGUGAUGUGAUGCUGCAGCUCCAGUAUAUGCAGUCGUUGUUGCCCAGCUCCUUUGAAUCAUCAGGACAUGUGUUUCUGGCUCCAAGGGAGUACUGCAAGAACCUGCAGCUUUCUGACAACAACACACAGUUUCUGCAGAACUUUCUCUCACUCAUGCUGCACAUCGCCCCAGAGUCUGAUGAGUGUGACCAAGGCCUCAUCCACAACCUGAUCCUGGAUUCCCGGAUUAUCGGGCAGCUUGCAUCUCGUGUAUGGAAGAACAAGGAUCUGAAUGCGUAUGGCUUCCUAGCUGUAUUUGCAUCCACAGAUGGAGGAGUUACACGAGUUUUUCCCAACAUAGCUGCUGAGUUGUGGGAGGAGGAUCCCGAACCUUUUAAUUCAAAUUUUUACAGGCGAAGUCUCGACAAUAAAGGCUACAUGUUCAGACCACCAUUGAAAUCCUCUUUUGAUGACCUUGACGCAGCGGAAAACGACACCGUUGGAAUCCUUGUUAGUUCAGCUGUUGAGGUUAAUUUAGGAGGGAAACUGCUCAAACCUGCAGUGGUUGGAGUGAAGCUGGACCUGGAAGCGUGGGUGGACAAGUUUAAGAUCCUGGCCAGCAACGUGUCCGACAGUCGUCAGGGUUCACACAGGUGUGGACCAUCCAGGAGCUGUGAGAUGGACUGUGAAGUAAACACGGAUGACCUCCUUUGUUAUCUCAUUGAUGAUGGUGGGUUCCUGGUUAUGUCCAACCAGAGAGAUCACUGGAAAAAGAUUGGUCUCUUUUUUGGCGAUGUGGACCCUUUCCUGAUGUACGCUCUCUACAACAACUCCAUCUUCACCCGCCGGCAGUCCUUCCACUACAAAUCCGAAUGUGAGGCAGUCAGCAGCAGCCAAACUGGUGCGGCCCCGAGAGGCAUCUAUGUGCCGUCCGUUGCUGACAUCUUGAGCUUGGCCUGGUGGACAUCCACAGUCGCAUGGUCUGUGGUCCAUCAGCUGCUGUAUGGACUCAUCUACAACAGCUGGCUCUAUCAAGAUGAUGUCCUCGUUGACGGCUUUGAGACCAAAGUGAGCAGCUGUGUGACCAUCCACAGCCAGUUCUUUUUCACCAACACCACAAACUCCUACAACGUGCUGCAGGACUGCGGGAACUGCUCACGGUUGUUCCACGCAAAGCGGAUAGAAAACACCAACCUUCUCUUUGUGGUGGCCGAGACGCUGCCCUGCAGCUCCUGUGAGAUUGAGAGUCUGACCCAGAUCAAAAAGGAGUUUCAGGAGGAAAAUCCAUGUGAAGUUCUGAGCAACGCACGAUACCGUAAAGGCCCGACUUCCUGCUUUGACUACAGUGCCUUAGAAAACACGUCAGAGUGUGGACGGGGUCACUCUCUGCAGGCCUCUAUAGGAGUCCUGCUCUUCAUUCAGCUCGUUCUGCAUCUCUUUCAUCUCCCGCACGUACAAACUCUCUGACAUUUUCCAUCUCUUCGGAUUUAGGCUCGGAUCUACUGAAGGUCAGAUCAAACAGCAACUGAGACAGUUUUCUUUUUUCUACCUGCUAACAACUCUUGGUGCAGCGUGCUUUGAAAGAAAACCCUGGGUCAGCACCUAGUGUUUUUUUUUGUUGUUUUUUUUGCCUUAUUGCUUAUAUGUUUCUCAGUUUUCCUGGGCUGGAGUACAAAAUAGAAGAAAAUGUUUAGGCAUGCAACUUAAACC